AUGUCUGAGGGAAAGAGAAAGUUUCAGGGAGAUGACAAGAAACGAAAGAAAAAGUACCGAUCUGACGGAACGCCAAUCUGGGGGAAGAGGCAUGUGGAAGGGCCUGGCGUAUGGGUGAGCUGUGUGAAAGGAAAGGAGAAACAGACAGUAGGAGAAAUCUACGAGCUGUUUGAAUCGGUAGCAGCAGAAUUGUGGGCCAAGUCAGAGGAUAAAGGCGUAGCGUCGCAUGAUUCAGAUGCCGAAAACGAAGACGCAAAUCUUAGUCUAGAAGACCAGAUCGCCAAUGAAAUCUCUGCGAUGAAACGUCCCCGUACGCAUCCUGAACAACGCUUCGCUAACUGCCAAACGAAUACGCCCUGCGUCGUCUUCAUUUCGUGUAAACCACCCGUUAAUCCCGUGGACCUGGUGGUGAAAUGCAUCAGAAACAUUGAAGAAACUGGCGUUACGCGCACACGCUACGUGCACCGCUUGGUUCCUGUUUCAGGGACCUGCGUCGCCAACCUCCCAGAAAUCCAGUCGCUGUGUCAGAGAGUCUUCGGCGACUUUUUUGACCAGCAUCCGGACACCAAAUUCAAGUACAAGAUCGAGCUUCGAGUGCGGAACCAUACCACCAUCGACCGGUCAACUUUGAUCCAGCAUGUCGCUCAAAGUGUGCCGGAAGGCCAUACGGUUGACUUAGAGAACCCUAAGCUAUUUAUUCUUGUUGAGGUGUUCAAGAGCAUAUGUGGGAUUUCAAUCGUUGAGGACUAUUAUCGUCUGCACAAAUUUAAUGUCAUGGAGAUUGCCAACGGGUCAAAGAAGCCAGACGCCGUGGCAGAAAGCCGAGUUGGGCCCGCUACUGGCAAGGAGGAGGCGGGAAAAGGCAAGACAACGUAA